CCGAGCACGUACAAAGCCCCCUGAUUGGCUAAGCUAAUGUAUUGUUUGCUGUGUGGUUGGGUCGUCAGAACACUGCACUUGUGCGAACGUCGGAGUGUUUACAAUUGACGACUUUUAAAUGACUUAUCUUCUUGAUAAACAUUUUUUUUUACUCAUCUUUUAAUCAUGAUGUCUGCAUGAGUGCGCGUUUAUACAGAGGAAAGGGUGAAAGUGUGAUGCUAUAUGAACGUCAUUACUUUAAAAGCCCAAUUUCCUUUUACGGUGCGUAAAGUCUAAUUCAUAUGACAGGAGUCCAGAGGGGGUGAAGGCUGCUUCCUACAUCCAGGACAUGGAGCUGAGGGAGGAAUGGCAGGAUGAGGAGUUCCCCAGACCUCUUCCUGAAGAUUCACAUAGUCCUGAGACCCAAGGAGAACAUGCAGAGAGACCAGCUCCACCCACAAGCCUGGCCCUGUCAGAAAAACCCAUAAGGAAGAAGCGUCUGGUGGCGCCCACCCUCAGCCUGACCCUGUCCCGUACCGACUCAGCGGACCGCAGUGUGAAGUCAGGGGACACCGGCUACUCUGCCGCCGCCCUCUCACCCGACGAAGAUGACACGGAGCUGGACAUCAACCUGGAGGCCCUGGAGACGCCCUCGGACAGCGAGUCCUGCAACUUCCCUGACAGCAUGCACGAACUGGAGUGGGAGGAUGACCUGCCACGGCUGGGCCGGGGGGAGGAUGGUGUCUCAGGCACCACGGUGAUGGAGCAGGCAGAGAUGGGCUCGAUGGAGCUAGACCAGGUGGACAACAGGGGGAGCCGCUGGAGAAGGUUCUGCGUCGCAGGACAGGAGUACCACGUCAACAUGAGUGUCCUGGAGCCAUACCUCCAGGUGCUCUCUCACGGAGGUUAUUACGGGGAGGCUAUGAACGCCAUCAUCACGUUCUCCUCCUGUUACCUACCAGAGAACACGGUGGAGAACUAUGAGUACGUCAUGGACAAUCUCUUCAGGUACAUAGUGGGGACGCUGGACCUGAUGGUGUCAGAAGGCUAUGUCAUGGUGUACCUGUGCAGCAUGGCUCCCAGGAAUAAGAUGCCCGCCAUCAAAUGGCUGCGACAGUGUUACACCUCCAUUGACAGAAGGUUGAGGAAGGAUCUGAAGGGGCUCUUUGUGGUCCACCCUGCCUGGUACAUCAAAGCACUCAUCACUGUCGUCAAGCCUUUCAUCAGUGAGAAGUUCAGCCGGAAGAUCCGCUUCAUUCACAGCCUGCAGGAGCUGUCUGAGUACAUCCCCAUGGAACGCCUGCAGAUUCCCGACAGCAUCCGAGAGUAUGAUGCGAAGAUGAACGGGUGAGGGACAUAUCGCGGGAAGCAAAAGAGCAGACAUUGAGAGUGGAUAGGCGAAGGAGGGGAAGACAGCAGACAACCAGAAACUAUGGGCUGAAUUACCAUGAAAGUUCAAAAGUUAACUAGUCCAAAUGUCACCCUGCAGGUAUGCUUAGACGUGCAGCACUUUUGUUGUACAGAAAUGAAAGACUUUGUGUCUACAGACACACCUUUAAUUUAUUCAUCGUUGAAUGUAAUGUCACUAAAGAAGUUCACUUCCCCAAGCCACUGGCUUUGCAACAGUUUCAUAACUGCCCCUAUUUUGUGGUACUUGAAUGCAACCCUAUCAUAUGUAUUGAUGCCAGAGUGAUUUGUGGGACCUGUCGUCAAGGAGCGACCUACAGUCAGUUUGAACACAACAUAACACUUAGAUGAAAGGUCCAGAUGGUUUUCUGUUACAGUUACCUUCACUGGAGCUCACAUUGACUGCUGCUUUAUCUGUUAGGGCUUACUGCACUCUAGUGCCAAGUACAACACUUUUGACUGUCAGGUUGUCAGGGAGAUGGGAUGUCACCUUUUAAUGUUUACUAAAAUGUGAUUGAUGCACAACAAAUACUUUAGGUUAAGAUGGAGACAAAGUCUAUUUUUAUAAAAUAAAUCAGAAUUUACAUCAUGACAUAAAUUCUGACGUAUUUUACUGUAUUAUUCUGACCUUGUAAACCUAAGGCUUUUUAUAGCCUACCCUCAGAGCAAAUAUUUAUGUAAGAAAACUCUUGAACAACCUGUACUUUUAUAAUUGUCAUUUUCUAACCAUGCUUUCUAUAGCUGAAUGAUCUUCUCACUUUAAGACAUUUGUUUUAGAGCACUGCUUACCACGUGUAAGGGCUUUUACACUAUUUUAAAGGAAGGGGUGUCACCAUGGAAACGCUGCAGGCAUUCAGGAAAUGGCAGCCACAGGAAGUGAGGAAGAAGAAUACUGCUGCCUACAUUUACUGUAACUCGUACACAGGAAACAGUGACAUGUCCAUUAAUUAGGGAUGAUGAAGAAUAUUCAUCUGAAAAUGAAAAACAUUUUUCUGAAAAAGGGGAGCUAUUGAAUGUAUUGUUCUGUUAUAGUCCUUUAUGCUGACUAAAAAACAUGAGCUGGCGCACACCCAGAAAAAAAUGUCUGUGUGGAGGUGCAGACUAACAACGAAAAAAUUAUAAGCUAUCAAAAUAAAGUCACAUACUCCAUAUAUAAA